CAGAUCCAGCCUUGCCAGCUGGUGGGACAGCGCCGCUCAGCCUCUCCGGCGGCUGUCUCUACCUUCUCUGCGUUUCAGGUGCGGAGCGAGCCCGCCCAGCCCGGGAGGAUGCAGCGCCCGCUGUUGUCUGGGGUCCCCGGGGCGUUCCGGCUGCUCCUCUGCUUCCUGCUGCUGAACAGCCGCCCAGGGGGCUGCAGCGACAUUAGUGGCCACGAUGGUCAGGGCCAAGUGGGAAUGGGGCAGAUCUGGCCUCUGCAAGAAUUCACCAUGCCAGUCUUCCAGCACUUGCAAGUUGUACUCCAGCAGAUUGUGCCACAAGGUUUGUUCUGGAAGGAUGACAUGACCCAGGAUGUGAUGGCCCAGAAGAUGGAGCACAUCAGCAGACUCCAUCCCCAAGAUCCAUGUCUGAGGGAUGGGCAGGCUGCCUUUCCCACCAAACCCACCGGGGUGAGGGGCAAGCAAGAGACGAAACUUCAGCUCCUAUUUCCCAAGAGCCCAGUGGUCAAGGUGAACAGGGAUCAGUGCUCUACCUCCAGAGUGGAUUCAAAGGCCCUGAAGCAAGUGGUGGUCAACCCUGUCAAGGAGAGGCUGAGGUGGCUUGGACUGGGAUGAUGGCCAUGGAGCUAGCAUCCCCAGCUGCUGUGCACCCCAUCCAGAGGCAGCCUGCACUUCAAGGAGCUUCCAGUGCCUCAUGAGCUCCCUGGAAACCAGUUUUCACUCCCGCAAGAAGGCAGCUGGGCUUCCUGAGCCUGGAUUGGUUGCUGGGUCAACGCACUCAGAGCUAAGUGACAGACCCACCUGUGAGAGACUGGUUGCCAUGGUGCUCUGGGGAAUGCAAACAAGGUGCAGCCAUUCUUUCCAGCCCUGAACCCAAGGGAAAAUUACCAGAAAGAGGGUGAAAUAUAUGUGGGAACUAAGGGGACAGGCAGUCAAUGGAUGGGCUGAGUCACUGUGGGCUUACUCAAAUCAGGCUGUUUUUGAAGCAUCUGGGGAAGGACAGUAGGUGAGGGAGGGGCGAUCUCCCCACAUACUGACUCCACUCCUUUUUUCGUCUUGUUUUAGGGCUUCUCUGAAUCACGCACCACUAUUGGCCGCAACCUUGUUGCUGAUUGAACCCACGUGUGAAGCCUCUCUGCCCUGAUGCCCUCCUCAUUGUCCCCAGAGGGGCAGUUCUAGGAUGCCCCGAUUAAAGUGGACUGUCAUGCAGA